GGCGCUCUCAAGGAUAGUAGUCAGUGGAACGAGCUCAAGUGAAAUUGCAGCAUUGAAAUGUGAAUGCAGCAACCAGCGAGAGUAGACACUGGAUUUGACGAAUGGAAACCUGAGGAACAGCCGAGCGCAGCUGUUGGGCAGAGAGGAAUUCUGGAGACAUCAGGAGCGUUUCUGUGUUCCUGAGUCUUUAUGACGGAUUUAGUUGUUUUGCUUCGCUCCCCUGUCCAGCGCACGGACUUACCUGGUACCUGGAGUGUACGCAGACAAACUAAUGCUUUGCUAACAUGUGGUACGUAAGCUGCGCUAACUCGCGUCAGCCGCGAGGCCACAUAGUGCAGUCUACCGUGGCGGGCUUUUGUUUUGGGUCUCCGGAAGAACCUAAGGGAUUUCCUCAUUUUUGAUCCACAUGGUAAAGAGUUCAGCAGAGCAACGCUAGGUAGGACCGGGAAGGAAAACAUCGACUGAAAUACCAGUUACAUCAAGGAUUCUUCGUACGUUUUGUGCCUCUGAGCAUCACAGAUUAUGGGCCGCAGCAGGCAACGUACCGCUGUCUUCCGGCUCGCGUUCUCUCUGGACGGCCAGGGGGGGAGGAACCGAGGACGCGGUAGACGCAUCAUUUCUCCCGCAGCACCCGUCCCCGGAGACGUCCAAAACCUGCACGACCCGCCGCAUCUUCAGCGCGACGGGGUGGUCUCUAUACCGCCUGCCUUUGUUCGUGCGCGUGAUGAGUCCCUCGCCGCCUACGGUGGAGUCGAAAUGCGGUCAUUUCAUCAUCUCGCGUUCCUUCGAAAACGUAUCAUUUAUAUAGGAAGGAAUCUCUCCAUCUUCACGUACCGGCGUUCCCUGGUCGGGUGCAUCUUCCCUCCCUCGUUCGCGACUCGUCAGUCCAGCGUCUCUCGGACCACCACGGUUGACACAGUUCUUGCUCAUUAG